AUGUUCGAAGUCGUCUCCAUAGACAAGUUUGAAGUUGUCUACAUAGAGGACAAGUUCGAAGUCGUCUCCAUAGACAACAAGUUCGAAGUCUUCUCCAUGGACGACAAAUUCGAAGUCGUCACCAUAGACGACAAAAUAAUUUGGUUACUUAUAAUUAUAACAACAACAAUUGCCUGCUGUUGUGUUUAUGUCGACCUCUCGGAAUUGUAUUACAAUCAACGUAUUCAAACCACCGUGGAAGACUCGGUACAUCCUCUCUUCAUGGUUGCAUUUCCCUCAAUUGGUUUAUGUCUUCCAUAUCGCAUCGACUGGCAACGCUUGCAAAAUGAAGCUGUUAAAGAAUUUCUACCCUCAAAUGCCACCGCUGAAACAAUACAAACAUUUUAUGCAUUCUUCGAAAUUUUAGGCUUUUUGAAAUUUUCCGAUCUUGGCCGCUUGAAAUCAUUAUUUACUCGAAAUUCCAAUGUCAAUCUCACGCUCAUAGAUAAUUUGAAUAUAAUCGAUGUUAUGAAAUACCUGACGUUUUCGUGUAACGAUGCAUUUACGGGAGAUUGUUUGUGGCGUAAUAAACGUUACAAUUGCUGUGAUCUGUUUACGUUGGAACGUACAGAGUUGGGAUAUUGUUAUACCUUUAAUUCGCUGGUAAAUCCAAGGGAUAAAGCCAGGGCGGAAAAAAGCUCUUUUUAUCCCUAUCACAAUUCCAAGGCCGGUGAAGGCACUGGAUUAAUGGCUCGAAUGGUCAUAGAUGAGACAAGAAUUUCGCCGAAUUUUACACAGGUUUUGGGUGUUCAUAUCAUGAUUAAAAAGUCAGAACAAUGGCAUGCAGAUGCCAAAUAUGCCAAUCACAAUACCUAUACCAAGGUGGCCAUUUCUACGCAAAUAACUGAGACAACAGAUCGGAUAAAGAUAAUUAAACCAGAUGAUGAAUCUUCAUCCAAUAAACACAUGAAAAUACCUGGACUCAGAUAUUGGAUGGGCAAUUGCCGGGUCCGCUGCCAUCAGGAAUGUGUUCUCAAGUAUUGUAAAUGUAAUUUGGAUCUAUUUUUUCCUAUAUCCGAAGCGGGUAUGUUUGAAUUGCAGAUAUGA